AUGCGCUACACUCCGUUCGCUUCCGAUAUAGAGUUCCCGUUUUAUACGGCUUUAUCAUCACUCAAGAUCAAUCACGACAAGCUUGACGAUGCUGCCCGUAAAGUGCUAGGUCUCUAUGAAGUUCGACCUACAGACCUCCCUAAUGCCUCCUGUCGAAUGCAGAUACAUGGGAACGCCCUAACAAGCGAUGAAACACCGGCUGGGUUUUAUCGAGCUGAAGGAUUGAUCAAGAAUGUCAAUACACUUGAAGAGUACUCAAACAUCGAUAAGGCACAUAUUCUUCAGCAGUCCGCGAAAACGAUCUGGGAUGCUAUAUGCGACGGCACUAUCUAUUCGUGCCCCUCUUUGCUUGCGUCAUUUUUCAUCUUGUCGUACGCGGAUCUAAAGAAAUACAAAUUUCACUAUUGGUUCGCAUUUCCGGCGCUGCACUCGAGCCCUUCCUGGGCCCUUCUUGAGAAGACCGAGGAAGCUGGUAACUCCGGUCAGACUAGAGAAGCUGUGUCACCAGCUGGAGGUCUAAAAGAUGCUGAAAUAUCAAAUCUCGUGGAAACAAUCAAGACAUGGAGCUACAGUGUAGAAGACCGCCAGCGAGGGUUUUUCUUAGCCAGGAGAGUUCAUGGUGCCAGCAAUGGAACAAUAGUUGAAAGCAACUCAGGGAUCACCGACAAUGUUACGGAAUCAUCAAAUCACGAUGGCCCACGGUGGAGGAUUGCUCCUCUCCUAGCCUACGAGGAUGGCUUCUUCAAAGAAGCCAGGUUUGAAGACUGCUUCGUCUGUUUCGCUGAUCCUUCAAAUUACGAGGAUGCACCCGGCUGG